GUCCGUGUCCGUAUCUGUUCUCGUUGUGUCGUUGUACUGUUACUGUCAUAGGUAAUAGAUAAAUAGAGGUCUGGCUGUGGCUUUCAAACUGCAAUCAAUGCAAAAGCUGUAUUGGCUAUUGGCCUGAAUAAAUUCAGUUUUCCUUGCCCUCGCAUUAAUUGCGAUCUUUUUCACAUUGCUUCCGCUAUCACCUCAUCCUCCACCUAAACGGCGAGCGUGACUGACGAAUUUCCGUUCAGAAAACAGAAAAAUUGACUACAAUGAAUAAAGACAGAAAGAAAGAGUUUCUUAAAGAAAUGCAAGAAAAUCACAAGUUGGGAGUUGAAAUGCAACAGCGGGACAGAUUUGCACAUGGCGCGAGUCGCGUGUUGGAGAUUCGUGCUGGUCGGUUCAAAUUUGCUGCAGACAGUCUGAAGAAGAUGACGCUCAGGUGCAUUCUGGAAAACAAAGAGUUUUUCACUGAUGAGACACUCAACCCGACCAAUCCCUUCAAUUGCAUUUCAAACCCGUUGAAGUCAGAAUUGAUUUCGUUGGAGGCUGAGCUGGUGAAUGCUAAAGCAGCAACUCAAAUGGUUAAAGUCGAGGACUCAAAGUGCGCAUUGCAGUGCAGAAUGAUGCAGAAGCUGUUGAACAAUAAGAUGGAGUCGCUGCAGUUUCCGGUGACCGCCAAUAGUGACUGUAAGGAGGUCACUGAUCUGUGGAAAAGUCUUGUUGCUGUCAACCCAGAGAAUCUAAAGGAAUUGAUCAGAAGGGGUGCUUGCGAACACAUGACUUGGAACCUGAGACCUUUCUUCAGUCACCUGCUGCAGUUCAAGAGCUUGCAAGUCUUGGAACUGGAUCAUUUUCCAGUUGAUGACUCAGACCUUUGCAAAAUUGCGACAGACCUUCAAGAGCUCAGGGUGCUUAAAGUGUAUGCAGAUGAAACCACGUCGGAGACAGGAAUUGCUGCCCUCGCCAAGUUACAGCACCUGCAGAAGUUCUACUUUGAGGAUCUUGAUCAAAUCUGCGAGGAAUCCCUCUUGUAUGAGCUCUGCUUCCAGCAUCUGCCUGGUCUGUUAGAAGUGGGCUUUGCCAUCAAGAGGGACUUUAUGUUGGAUUACCAAGAAGCAUACUUGUGCAUCAAUGGCCAUUUAAUGGCCAUGGUGCUGGAAGAGCUGGAAAAGCCAUGUCAACUGGGUCUGCAGAAGAUGCAGCUGGUGGGUCUGCCAACCAUCCCGCAAUGCGUCACCUUUCCUAAACUCAAGUCUUUCUUUGUCGUCAAUCCUGAGGGACCUCUUACAAUUGAUGAUCGGUUCUCCAAUGUGUCCGAACUGGGUCUCUUUAUCAUGCCUUCCAUGCGCGAAUGCUACUCUAUUUUCGGUCGACUUGGACGCCAGCUGACCAAACUGCACUUGCUCGUCCGCAGCACCAUAGACGUGUCUAAGGUGCUUGAGUUGUGUCCCAAUCUGAGUGAACUGAACAUCUAUGCAAAGCGUUUAGUCUCUUCGAGCAAACUGAAGCCAGAAACGCUGAGUAAGCUGCGAGAAUUGAAUGUGCGAAUGUCCCACCAUGCUAGCGUUGCUGUGCAGCCGGGACUCACACUCCAACUGCUGCAAGCGCCCAAACUGCGCUCAGUUGCGCUUUUCUCGGAGAACAACAAGUACAUCAUUGGCUUGGAAGAACUUCUGGCUAUUGUGGAAGAGGCAAAGGGAAAGAAGAUUCUGCGCAGGUUGCAAAUUUUGAAAGUUGAGUGCGACGUGGAAGAGAUGAUUCCUACCGACAGAGAAGAGUACGGUUAUCUGUUCUGUAGAUUAGUGAUGAAUUGUCCCCGUCUGCACUCCAUGACCAAGGAUGCCAUUAGUUUUACAAUGCUAGGAUUUGUAGCUGCGCUCACUGGUAUGCCUGGCUAUCUUCGUGAGCCAAAACCAUUUGAUUUGUUUUGAAAAUCAGACUAAUGAUGUGAGAAACAAUUUAUUAGAGAAAUGCAAGUUGCUCACACAUCUCCAAAAAUUACAAUAAUUGUUAAAUUAACCUAAUAAAGGAACUAUAAAAAAUAAAUUACUGUCGUUUCUGC